UCUGAGUAAAAUCCGAGUACCCUUUUUGUCAUUUCACACUUCCACCGCCCAGCACCACCACGACCAGGAGCUCCUCCUCCUCCGUCAAAAAACAUCAAAAUUCAAAAACAAAAAACCAAACAAUUUUCUUAGGCCGAAGGUCCCCCUACGCUACAUACGCCACUGGGGGUGUCAAUAUCACAUUCUUUCGUUAUCGGCAAUGAGGGUCCGAUCCUCUACCAUUAUGACGGUGCUCUUCGUCUGCAACCUUAUUAUUAUAUGCUUCUCUGCUCGUCCUUGUCUAUCUUUCCCUUUCUUCGCCACUGCCGACUCCGCCGUGUCCAACUCGGUUACCGAGGAGAUCAAUGUCACCCUAGCUGACUCCAACUCAACGCACGCGAGAUCCAACGACGACAGCUUCGCCGAUAUGAUCGAUCGAGCUCUCGAGCGAGAGUUCCCCGAGAACGAGCAGACUGAAGCCACUGAUGCUGGUAGCUUCAACAAUAGUGUUGCCGGACAGCAGGCAGUGCUGGAAACCGUUGCGAGAGUUAAAUCCAAGAAGAAUGAGACCAAGGAGGAGAAGUCAUUUCAGUUUCAUAAUGUUUUCAAUUUGGAUAAUGAAAAUCGAGCAGAAGAUAUGCCAACAUUGAUAGAUCGGAAGGACAAUGUAUUUAUUAUAUCCAAUCUCAAGUCAAAGUAUCCUGUGCUACAACUAGACUUGAGGUUAAUAUCAGAUUUGGUAGUUGUCAUUGUCUCUGCAACUUGUGGUGGCAUCGCCUUUGCUUGUGCUGGACAACCGGUUAUUACUGGGUAUCUGCUAGCAGGAUCUAUCAUUGGACCAGGGGGCUUGAGUUUUGUUAGUGAAAUGGUGCAAGUUGAAACAGUUGCUCAGUUUGGUGUUAUCUUUCUUCUUUUUGCAUUGGGCCUGGAAUUCUCCACAACAAAGCUUCGUGUUGUCCGGACAGUGGCUGUUCUGGGAGGCCUACUCCAGAUUUUCCUAUUUAUGUGCUUGUGUGGGAUAACAGCGUUGUUGUGUGGUGGUAAAUCUUCUGAAGGGAUAUUUGUUGGUGUACUCCUAUCUAUGUCUUCAACUGCUGUGGUUCUAAAAUUCUUGAUGGAAAGAAAUAGUAUUAAUGCUCUUCAUGGCCAAGUCACUAUUGGUACUCUUAUACUACAGGACUGUGCUGUUGGUUUGCUAUUUGCUCUGCUUCCAGUUCUCGGUGGUACUUCUGGUGUUCUUCAAGGAGUAAUAUCCAUGACAAAAUCGUUGGUAGUUCUCAUUACAUUUUUGGCUAUUUUAUCAAUAUUAUCCCGUACUUGUGUGCCAUGGUUCCUUAAGCUUAUGAUAAGCCUAUCAUCUCAGACUAAUGAACUCUAUCAAUUAGCAUCAGUGGCAUUCUGCUUGCUUGUUGCUUGGUGUAGUGAUAAGCUGGGUUUAAGCCUUGAACUGGGUUCAUUUGCUGCUGGAGUGAUGAUAUCAACUACCGAUCUCGCCCAACAUACACUUGAGCAAGUUGAGCCCAUUCGCAACUUCUUUGCUGCCCUUUUUCUUGCUAGUAUUGGGAUGUUAAUACAUGUUCAUUUUCUUUGGAAUCAUGUUGACAUUUUACUUGCAGCUGUUAUUUUGGUAAUCAUUAUAAAAACUAUUGUGGUUGCCUCUAUUGUCAAGGGAUUUGGAUAUAGCAAUAAGACUUCUCUUCUUGUUGGAAUGUCACUGGCACAAAUUGGGGAAUUUGCUUUUGUUCUUCUGAGCCGUGCUUCUAAUCUUCAUUUGGUUGAGGGUAAAUUAUAUCUAUUGCUGCUUGGCACAACUGCUCUCAGCCUGGUAACGACGCCAUUGCUUUUCAAGCUAAUUCCUGCUGUUGUUCAUCUCGGGGUGUUGUUGCGGUGGUUCUCACCUGAUAGUAUGAGCGAGAUUGGAUAUAAAGGCGAUAGUCUUCGCUCAGACAGUGCUAAGCGUAUUGCUUUGAUGGUCCAAGGCUCCCAUGAUUCAUGAUAUUAAAUAAAAACAUGAACCAGAAAAUUGCAAAAUUCAGCCUUAUACCUAGCUGAUGGGGUUGUUAAUACUCUGGAGGACAGGUGCUCAAGAGUGCAAAGGAGGUUGAUUGACUGCUGCAAAUUAAGCUGCACUUACCCUUACAUAUCAUCCUAACUGGGCAUCAUGAGAAAUGAUGAUAAAAUACUAACUGAAACCGAAAGUAAAGGAGACAACCGCAGAUAUGAUCCUCCACAAGCCAGUCUAGUCCCUUCUAAUUUAUUUAUUAUUAGGUCAUCAUCCGCAUUUUACUGAUGACCUGUUUUGUGUAAAUUAGUGUCCAUUUUGUAAUGUAAUCCAUUUUUGUUCUUUUGGCUUUUGAGGUUGAUUAUUUUUUGUUUUGAUUGUGCUCUUUCUUUAUUUUUUUCAAGAUGAAAAUAAUCAUCACGAUAGGAACAUCGUCCCAUA